ACUCUCGCUACUCGUAUCAUCUAUUCAUCAUCUUCACUUGUGUAGCUACCUCACUCACUCACACUCCCAGAGCUACACAAACAUCAUACUCAAAACACCACACGCCAUGUACGGAUACAAUAACACCAGCUGUACUAAUAACUAUACCACCACCAAUGAUUUUUCCACCGACUUUUUCGGACAUCCUCCGCUCCUGGACAACCUCGCAAUUCCAGUCCAAGCUGAUUGCUUGAUGAUUCCCAGCAAUGAGUAUAAGCCGGAGUACUCAGCAACACAGAUGAUGAUGAUGAUGAAGCAAGAAGAACUGUGUAAUUAUAGUGGGGGCAGUAGCUAUGGUUCUCCUUCUUCACUUGACCGAAAUAUAUAUGGCCUUCAGUACCACCAGCUCACUCAGUUCUCCGGUUAUGAUGAUUCCGCUCCGGUGAGAAAGGCUUUCAGCACUGGCGAUUUGGAGAGAAAUAACAUGGCACAACAGCACCAUCGAUCACAAAGUCCAUUGUCAAAUGAGAGCAGCAUUAUUGAGUGUAUGAACGCUAAAGCAUGCAAGUGCAGUCCACAAGAGAAAAAGGACAAGAUUGAGAAAUACAGAAGCAAGCGCAACCUCAGGAAUUUCAACAAGAAAAUUAAGUAUGUAUGCAGAAAGACAUUAGCUGACAGUCGACCGAGAAUCAGAGGCAGAUUUGCGAAGAACAGUGAUGAAAAUGACAAGGGAGUUCAUCUUAUAGAUGAAUGGAAUCACAUUGCUGCUGAUAAUGAAGAAGAUGAUGAGAAUUGGAUCAGUUUUGUCGAUGCUUUCUCUGCAAAUGUCAUUCCUUAAUUACUUCCCUGCAUAUAACAUAUAAUUAUUAUUAAUGUAGCUAAUAAUAAUAAGUGGUAGCUGAAAAAAUCUUUUAUCUCUUAUAUAUAUAUGUUGUUGUAUUCGUGUCUAAUGAGAUUCAAAAGCACUC